CCUCCUCCUCCGCCGCCGCUGUUGUCGGACAGCUCAGGCGGCCGGGGAAGCGGCAAGGCGACGACACGUCGCGGCCUGGGCUCCCGGGGCAGUGCAAUGUCAGCAGCAGAGCAUCAACCGACAGAGCCUUCUCCAUUGCCUAAUUUAGCCAGCUCAUCUGAAGCACUGGAAACAGAACCAGCCAAUAAAUAUGAGGCAGUUUGCCCUCACUGGUUUUAUUGCAAGAUAGUAGAUUCAAGAGAGAGGUGGAUUCCCUUCAGUGGACAAGAUUCAGAGAAGUUAGAAAAUGCUCAUAAAUCCAGCAAGUACUGUGAUGAGCUAGUUGUUCCAACAGAGGGGGGAAGAUACGAUGUACAUCUGAAGAAGAGGUUACGCUAUGCUGUUUACUGGGAAGAAGAUGAAUCUGAAGUGAGGCGCUGCACUUGGUUUUACAAGGGAGACAAAGACAACAGAUAUAUUCCAUACCCUGAGAGCUUCAGUGAAGAGCUAGAGGACACCUAUAUGAUCUGUGUCACCUUAGAUGAGUGGAAAAAGAAACUGGAGUCUCCGACCAGAGAAAUCAUAAUAUUGCAUAACCCAAAGUUGAUGGUACAUUACCACCCAGUAACAACCACUGAUGACUGGGGCGCAAGUCCCACAGAGCAAGGCCGGCCAAGAACUGUGAAGAGAGGAGUGGAAAAUAUUUCUGCUGAAAUCCCUAAUGGGGAACCUAUGCAGAUAGACCAUUUGGUUUUUGUUGUUCAUGGAAUUGGACCUGCAUGUGAUAUUCGUUUCCGGAGUAUUGUUCAGUGUGUCAAUGACUUCCGCAAUGUUUCCUUGAGUAUGCUGCCUGCACACUUCAAGAACGCUCAGGAGCAGCAACAGAUUGGUCGAGUAGAAUUCCUCCCAGUGAACUGGCACAGUACUUUACAUACUGGAGUAGAUGUAGACUUGGAGAGAAUCACCUUGCCAAGCAUCAAUCGCCUGCGCCAUUUCAUCAAUGACACCAUCCUAGAUGUUUUCUUCUAUAAUAGCUCCACCUACUGCCAGACCAUUGUGGACACAGUUGCUUCAGAAAUGAACCGUAUCUACCUGCUCUUCUUGGAGAGGAACCCUGACUUUAAAGGGGGAGUCUCAAUAGCAGGUCACAGCUUAGGAUCACUUAUAUUGUUUGAUCUUCUCACGAAUCAAAAAUGUACAUCUGAUGGUGAGGAAGAUAAAAAUGAGGAGUCACAAAUAUCAGCAACCAGGCAAGAAGGCAUUGGAUCUGUGACAGACAUUUUGACGGAGCUUGAGCUUUCUGAAUAUUGCUCUGUAUUUGAGAAGGAAGAUGUGGACAGACAAGCACUGGCCUUGUGCACAGAAAAGGAACUUAAAGACAUGGGAAUUCCCCUGGGACCCAGAAUGAAAAUUCUGCAUUAUUUAAGGAGCAAAAGCAACAACCAGAAUUCUAAAGGGCAGACACCUGCAGCUGCUGGGGAAGGUGGAAAUGCCAAACAGGAGUUACCUGUAAAGCCUACAAAUACAGAGACAAGUUGCCGGCGUCUGGAUGUUGUGACAGGGCAGGUCUCUGCAAACUAUCCUCAGCUAAUCUACAAACCAGAGAUCUUCUUUGCCUUUGGCUCCCCUAUUGGGAUGUUUCUCACUGUGCGAGGGGUGAAAAGGAUUGAUCCGAACUACAGCCUGCCUACCUGCAAAGGCUUCUUCAAUGUAUUCCAUCCUUUUGAUCCAGUAGCAUACAGAAUUGAGCCCAUGAUAGUCCCUGAUGUGGAGUUUGAUCCCAUGCUGCUCCCUCACCACAAGGGGAGGAAGAGAAUGCACUUAGAACUGAAGGAAGGCCUCACGCGAAUGAGCAUGGACCUCAAAAACAAUUUACUGGGCUCCCUGAGAACAGCCUGGCAGUCAUUCACCAGGACUUCACUUCCAGCUGUGGAGGCAGGAGCCACUGGAGAUACUGAACAAGUAUUGGAAGCUGAAGCCAGUUCAGAGAAACAGACUGAUAGGAAACCUGAGGAACCAACCACACCAGUGAAAGAAGAGUCUGCCCCAGUUAACGUGGGUAUGCUCAAUGGGGGCAACCGCAUUGACUACGUGCUUCAAGAGAAGCCAAUUGAAAGCUUUAAUGAGUACCUGUUUGCACUGCAAGGCCAUCUCUGCUACUGGGAGUCAGAGGACACAGUGCUGUUGCUGCUGAAAGAGAUUUACCAAACAAUGGGCAUCGGCAUGGACCAGCCCCUUCCAUAAAGCCAGACUCACCAGCUGCACCAAAUAUUUGCUCCGUGUUGAAAACUCAUCAAGGCUCCUGUCCACCUUCCUCUUGUCUCUUCUGUUGCUGCUGUGCCCAGCAUGCUUCACCCCCACUGCCUGGAGCCCUGGAAGACUCACCACCCAAGUCUUAUUCCAUGGGAAUUGCAGCAAGCACUUUGACUCUCUGGGCUGUGUCCUCUGGCUAGAGGCUAGCGUGUGUCAAGUUGCAAUACCACCCGCAUCAGGUCUAGUGGUGCACUAGGCGGGGAAUCGGUGCUAGAACUUCACACCUCCUCUUGAGUUGGAAAGCCAUGAUACAGGACUUUGAUACCAAACUGGGGAGAUACCACACUUUGCUGAGUAAAGCUGUCAGGAAUGUGGGCAUACGGAAACGCUUGUUUUGUGGCUGCACUGGACACCCAGCACCAGAUGUUUUUGAGUAGUAGAUUUUUGUUCCUUCAAACCUUAUUGCUGCUGCUUUGCCCAACAGGUGGAGCUACAGACCAAAGCAAAAAGGCCAGUUCCUGUCCCUACUGUAGCAAGCGCUAUUGUGCUGGUAAUUCCCAUGUAUCGUCCUGUACCAACCUUGCUACAACAGGAAAAGCACAUAGGCACUCACUUAGGAAUAAACUAGACAGGUGCUUGGAAAAACCCUGUAAAUCUGUAUCUGGCACAGGUGACUCCUCAGAUUCUGAAAUUGUCUCUAUUGUCUGCUUAGUGUAGUUCUUAUCCAAACGGCUUUAGCAUACUGGAGAAGCUCCAUUUCAUUUGUAUCUUUGCUCCAUGCUGUGUUGAGCUGCAAUGAUCCAGCUGCUAUGCAAUAAGGGAGAUAGCCUGGGCUGUUGGGAGGCUCUUCCCCUGAGCUAGGUUCAGUAAGAAUAGGAAGCCCUACUACGAGUGUUUGGAAAGGAUUAUGCAUCGCCAAAGAUGGUGUCUGUGACUGAAUAUCCACUCACUUUACAGCUAAUUCUGAUCUCAUUUGUCGGCAGAUGGAUGGGAUUAGCCUUGGUCAAGGGGAAUCAUGUUUCCCAACCCUUUAAGCCUAUACCUACUUACCAAGAGAUCCUGGUGGUGAAUUAAAACUAGGCAUGUGCCCAUUUAGUAGAUUGUGUUUUAAAACACUGGGUAGCAGCUCUGCACCUGCACUUUUCACACAGAUCAUAUUUUUUUCUGACAAUAUAGGAAGGUAGUUGGCCAACUGCUCACCAAGCUGAUAUGCUGAGCUGUAUAUUGCAUGCAGGAGGCCACUAAUAUAUUUACUCACCUCCAUUUUCUCCUUGCUACCAGUUCAAGUAAGCAAGGAAAAAGGCGAUUUCUGCUUCACUUGCCCUUGAAGGUCGAGUAAGGAAAGAAACAGUGCUGUUUCUCUAAGCUGAAUGCAACUGAGUGCUUGGCACUGCUGGGGUUGGGUGGUCCACACUAGAGGGCAAGGGGAACUUACUUGCUGCUGG